AUGGCUGAUAAGACAUUCAAAAUCGCUGUUCUCCCAGGUGACGGUAUUGGUCCCGAGGUGGUUGAUCAAGCCCUUAAAGUCCUUUCUACGAUCUCUGAAUACUCAAAACUCUCACUUGAUCUCAAAACAUACGAUUUCGGUGGUAUAGCAAUUGACAAUCAUGGUGUACCAUUACCUGAUGAAACUUUGAACGCAUGUAAAGAAGCUGACGCUGUCUUAAUGGGAUCUGUCGGUGGACCUAAAUGGGGUGUUGGACCAGUAAGACCAGAACAAGGUAUUCUCAAAUUGAGAAAAGAAUUAGGUCUUUAUGCCAAUAUCAGACCUGCAUCUUUCGCUUCUGAGAAUUUACUUAAAAGGAGUCCGCUUAAAGAGGAGAUUGCUAAAGGAACGGAUAUAACUGUUGUUAGAGAAUUGAUCGGUGGUAUCUACUUCGGUGAAAGACAAGAAACCGAUUCUAAUGGAGUAGCAUGGGAUCAAUGUUUAUAUUCUAUUCCAGAAGUUGAAAGAAUAACAAGAGUAGCAGCGCAAAUUGCAUUAGCUUCAAAUCCACCUUUACCUAUAACAUCAGUGGAUAAAGCAAACGUAUUAGCAACUUCUAGACUAUGGAGAAAAACAGUCACUGAGUUAAUGGCGAAAGAAUAUCCUCAAUUAAAAUUAGAACAUCAAUUGGUAGAUUCAGCUGCAAUGAUAAUGGUCGCUAAUCCUAGAAAAUUAAAUGGUGUUUUAUUAACUGAAAAUCUAUUUGGUGAUAUCCUCUCUGACGAGUCUUCUGUCAUUCCUGGAUCUCUUGGUCUCCUCCCUUCCGCCUCUCUUGCUGGUGCUCCAGAUGCCAACUCCACCACCAUGGGUCUUUACGAGCCCAUCCACGGUUCCGCACCUGAUAUUGCCGGGAUGGGAAUAGCCAAUCCAAUCGGAACAAUCUUAUCUGCCGCUAUGAUGUUACGAUAUUCACUUGGAAAAGGACAUGAAGCUUCUUUAAUCGAAAAAGCAGUUCAAAAAGUAUUAGAUUCACCUGAUGUUGGUGGAUAUGAUUUCAGAACUAAAGAUUUAGGUGGUGAUGCCAAAACUGAACAAGUUGGAGACAAAGUUGUUGAAGCGCUCAAAGAGCUCUUGAAGUAA